CAUGCUUUGUUCCCCUCAAGACUCCUUUGUGUUUCGUGAUUUUUGUUCAAGUGGUCUACGAGGAUUGAAUAGUUUUUGAAGUAACUUAGUGGUAGACAUUAGACGUCGUUUCGUCAGUCAUGUCUGAAGCAGCAGCAGCAGAGCUUAAAAAGCUCGUGAAACAACUCCAAAAUACUUCCACGGAGGAAAAAGUGGCCAUUCUACAAAUCUUGAAGAAAGACUAUCAAGUAAAUGAAGCGAUCCUAAGGGAAAGCAGGGCAGGUCUUGCUGUCGGAAAAUUGCGGACUCAUGAGGCAAAAGAGGUCUCCGACCUCGCCAGGGAGAUCGUAAAGAAGUGGAAAAACGAAGUGGAGCGCGCCAAAGGAGGUUCAGGUUCAAAGGCAGGGACACCUGGGAACGGCAAGGCAGCACCAGCUCGCAAGGGAUCUGCAUCGGUGACACCGUCUAACGCCACCACUCCUGCUCCGUUGAACGGAAAGUCGGAAUCCCGUACUGCGAAAGGAGAUGGUGCAAAGGCGUCCGGCACUGGCGACAACACGCGGGACAAGUGCACAGAACUUAUCUAUGAUGGUCUUGCUUGUGACUCUGGUGCUCCCAGCGAUCUGAUUAUGAGUCGAGCAAAAGCUGUGGAGGCCGCUGUUUUCGCACAGUUUGGCAGCACUAACGCUGGAUAUAAAGGCAAGAUACGUUCUUUGUUCGUCAACCUCAAGGACAAGGGCAAUCCAAGUCUACGAGAGAGUAUUGUCAGCGGAGAUCUUUCGGGGGAGAAGUUCAGCAAAAUGACAAGCGAGGAAAUGUCUUCGGAGGAACGACGAGCGGCAGACCAAAAAAUAAAGGAGGAGAACUUCUUUAAGUCCUUGGGAGCUGGGGAACGGGAAGCCGAAACCGAAGGGUUCCAGUGCGGAAGAUGCAAGCAACGCAAGUGUCGCUAUCGUCAGGCGCAGACCCGAAGCGCCGACGAGCCGAUGACAACUUUUGUGACAUGUGUCAACUGUGGCAACAAGUGGAAGUUCUCGUAAAUCGUUGCAUCGUCUGGGAGUGCUUUAUUGUCGGUAGUUUUCUUCUUCUACUGUACUCAUUUUCUUUGUCCAAUCGGUCGGGACAUCGUUCUAUUCAACCUAGACGGCCCUGUCGUAAUGAUGUAUACCUUCAAUCUAUCUUGAAAAAUACCCCUUUGCUUCUGACAACUCGUAUCUUAUACAGCGGAACCGGUGAGGUAUAUAGCUGUGAUCGGGACAUGUAUCAUUUAUUGAACAUCAAUAUAUGAGCUAUGGAUUCGCUU